CUUGGAGGCAUUAAUCAAAGCAUACAUCCGUAUGCCAGCUAUAACCAAAAUUCCGAGUCAUAGGAUUCUCAGCGUUUUUCCAUUGUUAAUUUCCGUAAAUAAAUUAUUAUCAUGUGGAGUGUUAGACGUGGCAUCGCCUCUGCGACCGCUGAAGGUCUCCGAAAGUUGUCCCCCAAUCUGGGACAGUACUCCAGUCCUCUUCAAUCAUGGUGUCCACCUGUUUCCACCUUUGUUAAGAAACUGGAAGCAACGAGGAACUAUCUGAGGAUAACAGAGGAACCCGAAUUGCCCAAUUUGGUAAAGGGUUAUGAGCAAUUGUACCGGGGAUGUCAUAGAAUACCUGCUGGCUCCACCAAGCUUAGAAAAUCUGCACUAGACAAUCCGCCAAAGAAAUUUUGGCAAAAAAACGUCUCACAAGAAAAUCCCGGAAACAUUUUGGAUUUAACAUUCAACAAUUUAGCAAGCAAAUCAAACAGCACAAUUAGUGGAUCUAAAAAGCCGCAACGCUAUUUUAUAAACUCAACGGAGCCUAAAAUCAGUAAUCCCUCAAAGAAUUUCAAAAAUAAAAACUUUAGAGAGGCAGCGGGUGGUUAUAUCCGUAAAAUCUAUAGUCCACAUCUAAAAGUGCCAGAAGCAAGAAAUGUACAUAAAUUUCUGGUAAACAGGAAGGUGCACAAUAGUUCCUUGAAUUCCUUGAAUAAUCCUCAAAAAUCCACUACCUCAACAACGAACCUGAAAACUAAAACUAAGCUUAAGAAUUAUUCAAAAACUUCCCCGCCCCGAAGACAAUCUCGAAAAAAGAGUCUAAAGAACUUUAACUCUGUCGAUGAUUUCCUUGAAAAACUUAGGACUAGUAAAUUUAAAAAUCUAAAAUCUAGCUCACUUUUUCCAACGGGGUCACUAGGUUCUAGGGCAAAGUAUCGAUCCAAAAGAAAUACCGUGACUAAAGAUGCGAAUGCCACUACAACACAGCCUCCAGAUAACUCCAAACUGGAAAUUGAUUUCGAGCGCAACAGUGUGACACCAUGGGAUCAAGUAUUCUCCAUGUCGUGGCUACCAAAAUUGGAAAGGACCUUUCUUAGUCCUGGGGCCACCGAUCUCUAUGAUUUUGGACCACUUGAUAUACAAACGUACGCAAAGGACUUCGAGUCCACGCAUAGCAUUCAGCCCUAUGUCAAAGUACCUUCGUCGAGUGUAGAAAAGCCCAGGACUAAACGUAUAAGGAUAAAAGAAAAGAAUCUAAAUCUACAACGUGCACCGAGAAGGCAGCUUAAAAAGAAGUACUGUGUAACUGGGUCGUGUAAAAGACCCACCUGUUUUGCGAAACCAUAUAAGUACCACUUGUUUAGGUUCGAAAUCUGUCCGCGGAAACGCAGAACUCGCAAGAAAACUGUGUCCUGUCAGACAGAAGUCAACCGAAACAGAUGUGAACUAUGUGAUUUCAGUAGACCAAAGAACGCACCCGACCAACCAUUCAUGAUUGAGAUGAAGAGGCGUCAGGAUCGCGAGCAGUUGAAGAAGUACUAUCUGAAAAUGGCCGAGAAGGAAAAACAGUACUCUACAGAUACAGAACCUAAAUCAUUUGCUAAAUCUGGAACUAGUUGCAAUCAUAAUGUUGGCAAGAUGCGCCACGAACUGAAGAAAUGCUUGGUUACGUUGAACCUUUGUGGAAGUCUUGUCGAACAUUGGUUGCAAUUGUCCAGAUGCAAGGGGAGAAACUAAGUUAGAUGCCAAACUGAGUGGCUCUAGAAUCAACCAAACAUUUAAACGCAUGAUGCAUUUAGUAUGUUUUUACUGUCGAACAAGGUGUUCAUACUGACGAUACUGAAUAAAUUUGGUUUAUUACCAUUACCCUCCAAAAUGGUUUGAUAAUAAAGUUAAUGGAGAAAUUCUGAAAUCCAAGUUGCCUUGGCAGAACUGUUAGGAAAGUAAAUACUUGUAUAUUUGGUCAUUGAAUUAAUAGCGCUAUCCAGAAAAGGCAAUGAACUUAUCAAAUUGUCAAGCAAGUAUGCCAAACUAUGUUAUUAGUCAUUUAAAAAUCCUACAUAAAUAUCUUUCAAUCCUAACCAAAAAAUUAUUAGUGCCUUGACCAUGAACAUUUUGAAGAGCACCCGUUUGCUGGAUCGAAAUUGUCUGCGUGACAAGAUCCAGGGACUAUCGCCUCUGCUACGGACCAUGGACUGGCCACCAAACA